AUGUCAGAAUCUGUAGGAAAGGCAGUGAUCAAAAGCCAACAAAUUAUCGAUUCUGGUACCCAUCCCAGACUGCGAGAGCAACCCCCAAAUGUGAGAAAAACAAUUACCAAAAGAGAGGAAAUCACCAAAUUUUCGGUUGAAAGAAAAAGCAUCAAAGAAGCAGCUCAUCACCUGCUAGAGCCCCCCAAAACACCACCAAACAACAGACAGGUGAGGAAACAGGGGACAAAACAAAGCCCAAGCCUGCGUAGUGAACGCCCCAGUCUCAAAGAGAAAGGUCAUCAGUUGAGAGAGGCAAACCAGAAGAACCUGGUUUCAGUUACCCAUCCCUAA